AUGGCCGAUUCAAUGGCUGAUGCGAUGGCCAUUGACGGCCCGAGAGGUGAAAAACGCAAGGCCAGCGUUCUCGGCGAUGACAGCGGCCAUGCUCCACGUCGAAUCAGGGCUCUCGACCCAGAUGUUGUCAACAAGAUUGCCGCUGGCGAGAUCAUCAUUGCUCCGGUGCAUGCUCUCAAGGAAUUGAUGGAGAAUGCCGUGGAUGCCGGGUCUACUUCGUUGGAAAUCGUGGUCAAGGAUGGUGGCCUCAAACUCCUCCAGAUCACAGACAAUGGCUACGGUAUUGACAAGCAAGACUUGCCCAUUCUAUGCGAGCGCUUUACCACGUCGAAGUUGCAAAAGUUUGAAGAUCUUCAGUCCAUCUCGACCUAUGGCUUCCGCGGUGAGGCUCUCGCCAGCAUAAGCCACGUUGCACACCUGACUGUUACCACCAAGACUCAGGAAUCCAACUGUGCCUGGCGUGCUCACUAUGGGAGUGGAAAACUGGUCCCAGCGAAACCCGGCCAGUCCCCUGAUCCAAAGCCUGUCGCUGGUCGACAAGGUACGCAAAUUACCGUUGAGGACCUGUUCUAUAACAUUCCAACCCGACGGCGCGCCUUUCGAUCUACCUCCGACGAGUACAACAAAAUCAUCGACAUGGUUGGUCGCUAUGCCGUACAUUGUUCGCACGUCGCUUUCUCGUGUAAAAAGCAUGGCGAGUCAUCAACAAGCAUUACCAUUCAAGCCACUGCUUCGAGCACCGACAGAAUCCGGCAGAUAUACGGAGGGAGCGUUGCCAAUGAACUCAUCGAGUACUCGACAUCCGAUGACCGGUGGGGUUUCAAGGCAAUGGGCCUGGCUACUAAUGCGAACUACAAUCUCAAAAAGACAACUCUGCUGCUCUUCAUCAAUCACAGAUGCGUCGAGUCUUCCAACAUUCGAAAGGCGGUUGAACAAACAUAUGCAUCCUUUCUUCCCAAAAACGGCCACCCUUUUGUUUACCUCAGCCUAGAAAUUGCCCCUGAGCGGGUUGACGUUAAUGUUCACCCUACGAAACGCGAAGUGAACUUCCUAAACGAACAUGAGAUCAUCCAGGCCAUCUGCGAGCAUAUCCGAUCAAAGUUGGCUGCUGUCGACACUAGCCGAACCUUUCUUACCCAGACCCUUCUCCCUGGCGGUACAUGGUCGGCCUCAGAUCAACAAGCUUCUUCAAGCACCCCAUCCAAGACCAGCGGUGCAGCUUCAGGAGCCCGCAAGACCCCAGCACGCAAUGAAUCGAGUCUUGUACGGACUGACACCAACAUGCGUAAGAUAACCAGUAUGUUACCGCCAGCGUCAAAUAUGGGACCAGUGGCAGGAGGUGAUGGAAUCUCGUCCACCUCUGGCGUCAAAGCAACCAUGAUUGGAACAAACAAGGAAGCCGAGGUGAUCAAUUACGAGACAGUGGAGCGUGAGGCUACUGCCUGUCGGUUGAUCAGUGUACGCGAACUGCGCGCCGAAGUCCGCGAAGAGAUGCACCACGAACUGACCGAGAUCUUGGCCAAUCAUACGUUUGUCGGUAUUGUAGAUGAGCGCCGUCGUCUCGCCGCCAUCCAGGGUGGUGUCAAGCUGUAUCUUGUCGACUAUGGGCGGGUAUGCUAUGAAUACUUUUACCAACUGGGCUUGACGGAUUUCGGAAACUUUGGUACCAUACGUUUUGACCCGCCCCUUGAUCUUCGAGAGCUGCUCAACAUGGCCGCCGAGUUUGAGAGAUCAUCCACGGCUGAUGCAUCCGGAGGAGGCAGAGAUGAUGAAAUGGACGUGUCUGAAAUCGUCGAGUUGGUGGCAGAUCAGUUGAUCGAGCGGCGAGAGAUGCUUCUCGAGUACUUCUCUUUCGAAAUUUCUCCGGCCGGCGAGCUGCUAAGCAUCCCACUGCUCAUCAAAGGCUACACGCCGUCUAUGGCCAAGUUGCCGCGUUUUCUCCUAGAACUUGGGCCACGUGUAGACUGGUCAGAAGAGAAGGCCUGUUUCGAGGGCUUCCUCAAAGAAUUGGCCAUGUUCUAUGUCCCUGAGCGAUUGCCAGCUACUAUCGGUAAUGAUGAUCCGGCAGCUGUCCAAGGUGGCGACAAGCAUGUCGAUGCCGAAACGGUUGCUCGAAGAGAUCAUGUUCGUUGGGCGUUGGAACAUGUCCUUUUUCCGGCUUUCAAGUCAAGGCUUGUGGCUACUAAGUCGCUGAUGCAGACCGGCAUUCUUGAAGUGGCAAACCUGAAGGGCCUGUACAGGGUAUUUGAAAGAUGUUGA